UGACACGACAACUUGCAUUUUAUUGUUGCUGCCUUAAUGCUUUUAAUCAGUGCAACUUCCUCUGAAGUAUAAAAGUUGUUCCGCUGUGCCGCCGCCACUGGAGGGCAGUGGUAUGAACAUUUUAUCCGUCUUGGCUAUCGACUUCGAUUUGCAUCAAACCUUUGGGUUUCGUUGCCUUGCCUGUCUAGCAGUAGCUGGAAGUUGUUCUUUAUGGUCGCGUACGAGAGAAAUUUUACAGAAGCUCAGUAACUCGCCUACCACAAGUCAACAAAAUGCCGUCAACAGUUGCUCGUGAGCCCGUGGUCAGGCGAAGCACACCUAUGCCAAAAGGUUAUGUCUUUGUGCCCAAAGGCAAUGUUUAUGUCACUGGCAACUGUAGGAAACAAACACAAGCAGCCGGCCAGACCAUCUUCGCCGUCGUUGAUAAGAACAAGCGCGCUGUCGGCAUCCGCGUACCGCGCGAUGUCUACGCGGUUGUGCUCGCUUCAGAGGCCUUAACUCGACAGGAUCGUGCCAGCGCCGUACAGAAAAGAGACCAUGGCCUGGAGCGCACAUUUCGUGAGGCAGUCAAGAAACUGACUCCGAAAGCGCCAGACGGCGAAAUCCCAACGAUUGUGGCACGGGCAAUGCAGAAAGGCAGUGGGCGAGUGGGAAGAACCUCGAAGAUAGAUAUCGAGGACAAGGCGAGACUGGCAGUCAGAGCUCAUAUCAGGCAUUGCCACACGGACUAUGACAACCUACUCAAAAAGGGCACAAACCGUGACAUUGCACGCAGUCAAACAGUGACUAAUGUCGAUAACACAUUGAAGGCUUGGGGUGGUGCUCAGCUCGACGUCAGGAAAGAUAGGAAGAAGCAAAGAACAUCCUAUAACCAUGAAACCCGGGCAGGAAAAGAGGCGAGGUUGUUGAGAAAGACAGAGAAAUACACCCAAAGCUUGCGACAGGAACGUAAUCGUGACGCUGGAGGAGCGACUGCUCAAUCAGACAAAACCCAAGCAAAGAAAUCGGCCGACCUGUUAAAGAGAACAACGAAGCACGCUCAGACAAAGCGGUCAGGACGGAAUCCAGGCGGCGACUCAAGCACUAGCAGAACACCCCCAUCACCUAAAGAGCGGCGGGAGUCCAAGUUGAGAACACGCCGCACUCGAGCUACAUCUGUCACCACAAGCCCUUCAAGAUCAGCCAUCAAUGGCCCUAUAGGCCGUUCCCUACGAGAUGAUUUGUCGGAUAUUGGGGAAAGUGACGAUUAUGUUGAAACGACCGAUACUAAUGAGUGGCUUGGCACGGAUGACGAGGACUCGGACUGACUUGCCCCAAUUUGGUAUUGCGUUCUGGAAUGAUAGAAGGUCUAUGGAUGUAUAUCACGUACAGGUACUCCCUUACCUGUGUCUUCUGUUAGAUACACAGCAUAUGCUCAUGGAUUUUUUGUGCCCCACACAGUUUGUAGUUUCCAUGACGUACAUAUGGCACGGAUCUGGUAGUAUGUUGAGCUGUCUGGGUAAACAUUGACAUCCUACACAGAAGUUCUGCAACAGUAAUUUGGCUGGCUGCGCAAAUCAACUCAUCUACGCCAAAAGCCAUAUUGCGGGAAGACGAUGAUACUGUGUUGUAGCUUGGAAGCCUUCAGCUCGUAUGGAAUCCAAACUGGGAACAUCCAAAACGGCUGCUGGUACGAUGCACAAAAAAGCCAUGCAUUCCACCGGCCCAAUGUAAAUUAUUAACGGUUAUUACGAGAUCUUCUAAGCAC